AUGGUGAUGCUGAAACACCUCAUGAUGAUGAACAACAAAAAAAACAAAACAUGGAGAAUGUCGCUGCCGGAUCCUUUCUCAGCUGCUCAGAUGCUUACCAAAGAAAAAUACAAAAACGAGUUGACAGCGAAAGUGCAUAUGAGCUCUCAUGGCGAUUCAGAAGACGAAGAAAGAGAAACAGGGACCGCAGCAGCAGCAGCAGCAGCAACAGCAGCAGCAGCAGCAACAGCAACGGUACACAAUAAGGAUACACCGCACCACGGCUCCUUUCUGCAGCCUCUAAGCAAUUCAAUGCUUCAGGUUUCUUCUAAAGAAACUCAUAGAGAUGCUGAAACACCCCAUGAUGAUGAUGAGCAGCAGCAGCAGCAGCAGCAGCAGCAGCAGCAGCAGCAGCAGCAGCAGCAGGAUGAGGAGGAGGAGUUGCUGCUGCUGCCGGCUCGAUAUUCCUCUGUCAGUGUGAAACCCCAUUUGCCUGUGCCGCUGCAUCCUUUUUUCUUCAUGGAUAGAGAGGAUAAGAAACUAAGCAGAGAAAGAGAACCAGAAACAAAAGCUGCUGCUGCUGCUGCUCCUGCUGCUGCUGCUGCUGCUGCUGCUGCUGCUGGGGGCGGGGGCCAGGAAAGCUUGGGAUCCGUUCCUGCUGCUUCUCUUGUGGAGGCGUCAGCAACAGCAGAAGAGGCAGAGAAGAGUGAAAAAGGUAAAAGUGAGAGCCAAGAGGAAGCAGCAGAAGAAGAAGAAGAAGAUAAAGAAGAAACAGAAAAAGAUGAAGGCUCUGCAUCUAAUAAGAUAUCUGCAACAGAAAAAGAAGAAACAGAGAAAGAGUCAAAACAACAACUACCAGAGACAGAAACAAACAAAGAAAAAGAAAAAAAAAAUAAAAAAGAAGAACAUGUUAAGGAACCUGUCCUCUGCAUCUAA